AUGGACCCGACCUCCCCGCCUCUAUUGAGAACGUACCUCCGCACCUUACUCCUCCUGCUUACUUCUUCGCUCCUUUUCGCCGCCGCCGUGAUCGCAUAUACCUCCUUCUACUACGCAUACAUUCCUAUCCGUGGGCUCCAAGUGCCCAUCUACCUCCAAUACGAACACGCUCUCUCGAUAGCUCCUACGCGUGACGCACCUACACUCGAUGUGCGGAUCCCCAAGCACCCCUACGGCAUUGCCAAUAUCGACGGCCUCGUCUCCCGCCAGAAAUACGAUGUCGAAGUCACCAUGGUGCUUCCGCGCAGCGAAAAGAAUCUUGCGGGGGGAAACUGGAUGAUUGGGCUGGAUAUGCGGGGCCCUGGGACGCGCACCCCUGGUAUUAAGUCGAUGCUAGGAUGGGAGGACGACUGGGAAGUUGAUGACUACUCGCAGGGUCCCAAUUCUGGUACGACGAAGGAGAGCAUUGCUAAAGACGAGGCUGCGCAAGGAAGCGUGGGGAAGACUGAGGUCCUGGCAAGAAGUAGACGCCCUGCUAUAUUGACGUACAGGAGUUGGUUGACCGAGCUGAGCUAUCGUUUGUUGAGGCUGCCGCUGUACGUUCUGGGCUGGGGAACCGAGAGCGAGACGGUGAGCGUGAUGGUCAUGGAAGGUGUUCAGUUCGAUAAAGGGUGGAGAAAUGUACCCACGUCGAUCAGGUUAGAGCUUCGGUCCAAGAUCCCGCUCGAGGUAUAUCGUGUGAGUGUGGGAUUCGUAGCGAAACUGGAGGGCCUGAGGUGGGUCAUGUAUACCUAUCGAUUCACUUCAGCGGCGGUGUUCAUCAGCGUGUUCUGGGCGACCGAAAUGGGUGUUCUGCUUUUCACCUGGGCGGUUUUCGCGUUCUUCCUAGGAAAGCUCGACGACGAGGACGCGACGAGGGGCGGAGAGAAGUUCAAAAUCGAGCAAGGCGCUGUUACGCCGAAAACCGAGCCUGCAGACUCAGAACCACCAACGCCAUUGAGCGAUGCAAGUCGCACCUUUCCGACUCUAUCUUCGCAUCAGCCAUUGCACUACUCUUCUUCGUCGCCCAAGGAAGAGCGUGCCACCCCAGCAUUGGAGGACAUACCUACCAAAGAAGAGGCCGAAGCCGAUGACGAGGACGAUGACUUCCUGCUGGAGGAACCAAUACCCAACUCCGCGGCGGACGUUUUAACGGAUUCGGGAAUCGGAACAAGUAUGGAAAGCAGUAUAGAGCGGAUGGGUUUGAACAGGCGGAAAUCCCAAAGAGAAAGGUAG